UAUUAUUAUUAUUUGUUUUAAUUUAUCGCUUUCUUGCGCACAGACAGCUCAGCUAUCCACUGAUAAGGAUUAUAAAUGGAGUCGCCGAUGCGAACUUGCUGAAAAGCUCUCCCCUUCCUUCUCCCUUCCUUCCCCCAGAUUCAGGAAACAAGCAUGGCGUUAUUGUCUCAGGCAGGAGGAGGAGCAUACACUGUCCCUUCUGGACACGUAAGCUCCUCCAGGACCAGGACUAAAGCAGUUUCUGGUUGUGUAAGAAACUUGAGGAUGAAAGACAGCUCCUCCUACUCCUCCUCUAGGACUCUGUCUACCAAUUCAAUGGUUAAUAAUAAUAGGAGCAAGAGAGGGCAUCAGUUGAUUGUUGCGGCGAGUCCUCCAACAGAGGAAGCUGUGGUCGCCACUGAGCCGCUUACGAGAGAGGAUCUCAUUGCUUAUCUCGCCUCUGGUUGCAAACCUAAGGACAAGUGGAGGAUUGGUACAGAACAUGAGAAGUUUGGUUUUGAGGUUAAUACUUUACGCCCUAUGAAGUAUGAUCAGAUAGCCGAGCUGCUUAACAGUAUCGCUGAAAGAUUUGAAUGGGAGAAAGUCAUGGAAGGUGACAAGAUCAUUGGUCUCAAGCAGGGGAAACAAAGCAUUUCACUUGAGCCUGGGGGUCAAUUUGAGCUUAGUGGCGCACCUCUUGAGACUUUGCACCAAACCUGUGCUGAAGUCAACUCACACCUUUAUCAGGUGAAAGCUGUCGCUGAGGAAAUGGGAAUUGGUUUCCUAGGAAUGGGUUUCCAGCCUAAGUGGCGUCGUGAGGACAUUCCCAUCAUGCCUAAGGGGAGAUACGACAUUAUGAGAAACUACAUGCCGAAAGUUGGUUCACUUGGACUUGAUAUGAUGCUUCGAACGUGUACUGUUCAGGUUAAUCUGGAUUUUAGCUCAGAAGCUGAUAUGAUCAGGAAGUUUCGUGUUGGUCUUGCCUUGCAACCUAUAGCAACUGCUCUAUUUGCAAAUUCCCCUUUCACCGAAGGAAAGCCAAACGGGUUCCUCAGCAUGAGAAGCCAUAUAUGGACAGACACUGACAAGGACCGCACAGGAAUGCUACCGUUUGUCUUUGAUGACUCUUUUGGGUUUGAGCAGUAUGUUGACUACGCACUGGAUGUUCCUAUGUACUUUGCCUACCGAAACAACAAAUACGUGGAUUGUACUGGAAUGACAUUUCGGCAAUUUUUAGCUGGAAAGCUUCCUUGUCUCCCGGGUGAACUGCCUAAUUAUAAUGAUUGGGAAAAUCAUCUGACAACAAUAUUCCCUGAGGUUCGGUUGAAGAGAUACAUGGAGAUGAGAGGCGCUGAUGGAGGUCCCUGGAGGAGGUUGUGCGCCCUUCCAGCUUUCUGGGUGGGUUUGUUAUAUGAUGAGGACGUUCUCCAAGCUGCCUUGGAUCUGACAGCUGACUGGACUCCAGCAGAAAGAGAUAUGCUAAGGAACAAAGUUCCAGUAACUGGUUUAAAGACACCAUUUAGAGAUGGUUUGUUGAAACAUGUAGCUGAAGAUGUUCUGAAACUCGCAAAGGAUGGUCUAGAGCGUAGGGGCUACAAGGAAGUUGGUUUCUUAAACGCUGUGGAUGAAGUGGUCAGAACAGGAGUUACGCCGGCGGAGAAUCUCUUGGAAAUGUACAAUGGGGAAUGGGGACAAAGCGUAGAUCCUGUGUUCCAGGAACUCCUGUACUAAGAGGGAUCAACCCAAACCCUUUUAGGUGUGAGUUUGUGCUAUCUGAGGAACUCAAGUCUCUCUCAUGAAUAAGGUUUUCUUAUUUGUUGUAAUUCGGAUUUGAGAACUGAUUUUUAUUUUCUUUUGAAAUUUGAAGCGGUCAAAAUAAAAAGUAAACAUCUAUGCUAAAGGAUUUCGAUGUGUGGAAAUCGUCUUUGAAUAAAAAUUAUUUUUCUUCGUGACAA